UCAUGCUGCUGCCAGGUCCAGAGUCUCUCAUGGGUCCCUGUACGGCCUCCCAUUGCUGCUGUCUCCAUCGCCACACUCUGCCAUGUGCCACUUUCAGAUCUCCUCACACUGCUGGUGUGUUACAUUUUUUGUCAUAGGGUGCUGGCAGAUUACGGGCCUCCCAUUGCUGCUGCCAGGCCCGUAAUCUGCCAUGGGCCCCCGUACCGACUCCUCAUGCUGCCCCCAAUUGCCAUGGACCCCUAUCCGCCUCCCCAUGCUGCUGCCAAGUCCAGGUCUCUCAUGGGUCCCUGUACGGCCUC